AUGGGAGACAAAGAAAAAACUAAUAAGUACAAUCAGUGGAAUUUAGAAGAAACGAAAGGAUGGCGUGAUUCUAGUGGUCUAAUAAACAAGGCAACGGUAGAAAAUAGAAUACUAACAGUCCUUAAUGAAAGAGAUCGAUGUCAGAAGUUCUAUAAGCAUUACCAGAGCAGAAUAAAGUUUCUGAAGAACCUCUACCUCAGCUAUGUUGAUCUUCAACGUAACAGCUCUGGAUUUGGAUGGGAUGAUGAGACAAAAAGGUUUACAGCUUCUGAAGAAGUGUGGAAAACAUAUUUGAAGGCACAUCCAAACCACCAAUUUAUGCGCUAUGACUCACAUGAACAAUUUGAGGAUCUGAAGAUUAUUUGA